AAAGGUGAUUAAAUCAAUAAAAUGUUUGGGUCCAUAAUCUCUGCUCACGAAUGAGCAUACAAAAAAUAUUAACCUAGAGCUAUAGAGGUGUGCCUUGAGUAUUGGUGAUUGAUGGGUUUAUGAUGUUUCUCUUGAACUUGAAAAUCUAUAAGCUUUUUUUUUAUUGAAGAAUGAUGAUCAGUGAGGUAUAAAUAGUGUUAGAAGGCAGAUAGUAUAUCAUCAGUUGAGUCUCACUAUUCAACAUUAAGCAACAAAAAUGUUCAAAUUCAUGACAUUCCUUGCAUUGAUUGCUGUGACUUUUGCCAAACCAGGGCAUUUGACAACACACAGCGUAGUUGAAGAAGCUCAUGUUGGUUCUGUGGUGCAUUCUGUACCAUCAGCAAUUUCGCAUCAAUCAAUUACCCGAGUUCACAACUCAGCUCAUGAUGCUCCAGUUGUAGCGCCAGUUGUUAAGACUUACCAUGCUGCGAUUGCUGCUGAGCCAGUUCCAAUUGUUCAUGCUGCACCAAUUGUUCAAGCACCUGUAGUUCACUCAGCAUCAGUUCUUCACACCAAUGUCCAUUCUGCUCCUGUGGUGCAUACAGCACAUGCUUACCAUGCUGCUCCAGUUGUCCAUGCUGCUCCAGUACUUCACUCAACAGUUCUCCAUGCAUCUCCAUCUUUCCACCACCAUCAUUAAAAAUAUUUAAAUAUUUGGACGCAAUUAAAAUAAAGAAAUGUAUAUUCUACUGUGAUAAAACGAACAGUUACCUUAA